AUGGCAGACUUUAAUUUCCCCGGAGUCGAUCUUAGUGAUCCUUUUCUUCCAUCUCCCGGUUCAAUAUCCGUUUAUAGCCCGUUCGAAUACAGUACUCCUAAAGCUGCCGUCAAACCACCUCAUGACUACGGUACAUUUAACUAUCCGCUCACACCUGUGGAUGAAAGGCUCAGUCCCAUCUCAUUACCUCUACGAUCUCGAAAUUGCUCUUCAAAUGCACCUCCAUCUCUUUCUUUCUCUCGUUCUUCUAGUACCUCGUCCAAGUUUUCCUUUUCCUCUUCUGCAUCAAAUAUUAAUUAUAAUCGGCUGUCGAAUACCAAGUGGGCACCCUCUACUUCUUUUCCUCACUUUGUAUCAUUGCCAUUGGAUAUCCAGAGAACCAUUUGGAGGCAUACGUUACCCAAACCGCAAGUUAUCGAAAUACACCAAUACACGAAAUCUACACCACGAUCAUCCUCUUCCUUUUCAACUUUAACGCAACAAGAUGAAGAACCCGUUCCAACUUUGACAACUCAUAGUCUCUUUCCAAUCGCCCUACACAUAAAUCGCCUCUCUCGUCGCCUCGCUCUCUCCAUUCUAACUCCACUUUCUUUCGCCCAACCUUACUACCUCCCUUCAAAUCCAUACGCUUACAUAAACUAUGUUCAAGAUACCAUAUUCAUCUCUUCUCAUACUAUCUACCUCGAGCUCGGGAAUCAUAUCUUGUAUUCGAGGAACUUACAUAUGAUUCGACAUUUGGCCCUGGAAUUUGAAGUAUGGUGUGAGCUACUUGGCGAUAAUCAUUUUGUUAAUGCACUUUUGGAAAUGGAGGGAUUGGUGAGCAUUGAGAUUAUUUUUGAGAGACAACCUGGAUCGCUUUCUUUCUGUUCAGAUCUUUCAUCCAAUAACGAAUCGUCAAUAUUAUCGAGAGAACUCGAAGAAUCGAUAAUGAAUUGGGGAAUCACACAUCAAGCUCAAGAUACCCUUAGGUUUACAGAACCGACAAGAAAUGAGGAAAGAAACUUGAAAGCUAUAUUCGAAAGGGAAUGCGAAAAGAAAUGGUUGUGGGGAAGAGUAAGUGGAUGGGAGGAUGUAAGUGGAAAAUUGAGGUUCAGAUGGAAAGAAGAGGAGAACAAAAGCAUUAUGCGGAGUCGCGCUCACAGAGAUACAAACGAAUCUUAUACACCUCUACCAUCCAGGUCAAGCGCAAGGGGUAAUCUCGCAAUUGGAUUAUCCGGAAUCGGCUCUGAGACGGCAUACAUGGGAGAUGAACAUGAGGAAUUAAACCAGGGAUUAGAAAGUCUGAUGAAUAGCGUGGAUGAUGUUAUAAUGGAUUACGGAUAUGUAGCGCAAGGACGAGGGAGGUGGGUUAAUGGCAGGGAUACGUAUGCGGAUCGAGAUGAUGCAUAUAGCGAGAGUAACUAUUCGCGAUGUUCGGCGAGUUUCGAAGAUGAUUCUGAUACGGAGGGGUGGAUUUAA